AUGGAUUAAUAGCUGCGCAAUAGUCCUUCAGAAUUAAAUCUUGAUUCUAUCAAUAUCAAUGAUGAAAAAUAUAAAAUUAAUCAAACUGAUUUAAUUGAAAUGAAAGAAAAGUUUGAUUAAUUUUCGAAAUUAGGAAACUAUUACAGUAAAAAUGAUAUCGUAAAUUAAUUUAAGCGAUCACUCAUUUGUCUGAGUAAUGCAUAAUAGAAUUAGUAGAGAUUUCUUCAAGUUAUUAAUAGUUAAGAAAGUAAAUUCUAAGCAAAAUAAAAAGGACUCGAAUAAGAGUAUUAAAGGCAAAUAAGUCAGCUUAAGGGUGUAAUUUAAAAUCAAAAUGAACAAAUCAAAAAUUUAUAAGAGAAAUCUUAAACUGAUAACAAUAAUUUAUAAUAGUAAUUAGAUGAAAAACAAGUUACUAUUAUAAAUUAGUAGAAUUAAUAUGAGAUGAAGUUGUAAGAACAAAAAAAUAGCUUUGACUAAAUAAUAAAUGAGCAUAAGAAAUAAAUAGAUUCAUUGACAAGCUAGAAUAAAGAUUUAAAUCAAUACAAAUCCAAAUAUGAAGAGGUGCAGUCAGAAUUAGAAAAUUACAAAUCAAAUUAAAAUAAAUAAGAAUAAGUUAAAAAGAUAUUUUAAGAAUUUUCCGUUGACAGCAAUCAGCCAGGAGAUAUUGAUAAGUAAGUUUAAUAGGUUCUUGAGUUAUUAAAUCCUCAAGUUGAAAUAUCAACAAACUUAGUAGAAUUCACUAAAGCGCAUUAAAUUAUAUUGUAAAAUCAGCCAUCCGAAGAGGAGAAGAUUAGCUUAUAAGCUAAAAAUGACGAGUUAGUGUAGAUGUACAAUGAUAAUUACAAAAAAGCUCAGCAAUCUUUAAACUGUAUAGGAGAAUCAAUGAAAUGCCUUCUAGCUUUAUAAAAUAUGUAUCUACAAGAUGGAAUAUAGACUUUCUUAACUGAUCAGCCUAUUUAAAAUUUGGAGAAAGAGCAGAAUUAUUAAAUAUAAUAAUCAUUUUUACAAGUUGGUUUGCAUAAUUAAGCUUCUUACUACUCUGCAAUAAUAAAUAGUCAUUCAUAUCUUUAUUAGAAUUUAGUAGAAACCAAAGCAAAGGAAAGUGUUAAUGAAUUCUUAGUGAAAUUCAAAGAACAAAUAGGAUAAAUGGUAAACUCUGAUAAUCCCAAACAAGAUAUUACCAUAGUCAAAAUAUCUUUUGAUCAAUAGCCUUAGGUAGACUUUUAAGUUGUUUCUAAGUAGUUUAAUCAUCAGGAAAUCAAAAAGAAAAUAUCCUUAUAAGAUAUAGGAAUGUCUUUCAGUGAAAAAAGUCUUUUAGAGGGCGCGAAACUAUCUGUUGAUAUGUUUGACCCAUAAUUCAACAUGGAAUGGGGGAAAAAUUUCUAAGGAUAGAGUACAAAGAGAGGAUAAUUGACACUGUUUGACUAAGUAAAUCCAGUUGACCACCUCUACUACUUCCCUGUUGGUUAUAAAGGCUAUGCAUUAAAUAUUGACAGAUACGGAUAUGACAAAUCCUGGAUUUCUUCUAACUCAGACUCUAAAACAUGGAUAGUCUUAUACCAUGGGACAAAAGAAAAAGCUGUUGAGAAUAUAACAAAAAAUAACUUAAUCGCUGGAUAAAAUAAUGCAUAUGGAGGUACAACCUGUAGGAUAACAAACACUAAAAUAAAAUAGGGUCCAAAUGCUAAUAUAUAUUUAACUGAUGAUUUAGCUGUAGCUGAGGAAUAUGCCGUAGCUACAUCUGCUCAUGAUGGAAAAAAAUAUCAUGUAAUAUUUUAGUGUAGAGUAAAUCCAUAAGGAGUUAAAAGUCCAAAGCUAAAACCAAGCUAUUACACAGUUGAAGAUAAUUUAAAUAUUAGACCUUAUAGAAUCCUUUUAAAAGAAUGCAAAUAAUGA